UGCAAGUGGAAGCAAACAUGACUAGUGUUGUUGUCUUAUGCCCAAAUGGUAGACGAGUUAAUGUACACGUAACUCCAAGCACUGCACUACUACAGCUCAUAGGACAUGGGAGAAAGGUGCUGGAUACAGACACGCUGUUCCGCUUUGCGAACCUACCGAAUAAAGCCCAGCUAGAAAUGGUUUCCGCGUCGCACGCGUGCGCGAGGAGUGACACAGCCGUCACGGUGGCCCUCCAGUUAGAAGAUGGCCAGCGACUACAGGCUGACUUCAAGCCAACGGUGUCCGUGUGGGACAUUCUUCAACACUGGGAACACGAGAAUAGUGGCCUCCAUGGCAGCCUGUGUCGCCGUGCGGACGACGUAGCGGGGACGUCGCUGCACCCAGUGUGCACGUACUUGCAGCGCGAGAUCGUCGGAGAGCGCUCCUUACAGACCACCUCACUCAAGUCGCUCGGCCUCACCAAAGGCAGAGCGCUGAUCAGGCUCGUCCACCGAGGCGUCGCCGCGUCCGUGAUGGCCGACAUCGACCGGGAAGCUGACGCGAGGAUGCAGAGAGAGGCGAAGCUCGACGAACGCGUCAAGGUCACGCAGAGGUCAUCCGACGGUGUCCAGGCAGAGAACCGGGAAGGGGAAGAGAAGAGGGUAGAGGCAAAGAACAGGGAGGAGGCAAAUAACACGGAGGAGGCAAAUAACAGGGAGGCAGAGAACAGGGAAGAGGCAGAGAAGAGGGUGGAGGCAGAGAAGCGGAGAGAGGCUGAUGCCAGAAGUGUGGUGCCACGUACGACGCAGUCGUUUGCCGCGUCCACGACGUGCGAACCUUUAUUCUCUUGGGAGCAGCAGCAGCCUAGAUAUUACUUCCCAGAUAGUAUGUAUAUUAUGAAAUGUGUUUUCAGACAUGGGAGAAAGGUGCUGGAUACAGACACGCUGUUCCGCUUUGCGAACCUACCGAAUAAAGCCCAGCUAGAAAUGGUUUCCGCGUCGCACGCGUGCGCGAGGAGUGACACAGCCGUCACGGUGGCCCUCCAGUUAGAAGAUGGCCAGCGACUACAGGCUGACUUCAAGCCAACGGUGUCCGUGUGGGACAUUCUUCAACACUGGGAACACGAGAAUAGUGGCCUCCAUGGCAGCCUGUGUCGCCGUGCGGACGACGUAGCGGGGACGUCGCUGCACCCAGUGUGCACGUACUUGCAGCGCGAGAUCGUCGGAGAGCGCUCCUUACAGACCACCUCACUCAAGUCGCUCGGCCUCACCAAAGGCAGAGCGCUGAUCAGGCUCGUCCACCGAGGCGUCGCCGCGUCCGUGAUGGCCGACAUCGACCGGGAAGCUGACGCGAGGAUGCAGAGAGAGGCGAAGCUCGACGAACGCGUCAAGGUCACGCAGAGGUCGUCCGACGGUGUCCAGGCAGAGAACCGGGAAGGGGAAGAGAAGAGGGUAGAGGCAAAGAACAGGGAGGAGGCAAAUAACACGGAGGAGGCAAAUAACAGGGAGGCAGAGAACAGGGAAGAGGCAGAGAAGAGGGUGGAGGCAGAGAAGCGGAGAGAGGCUGAUGCCAGAAGUGUGGUGCCACGUACGACGCAGUCGUUCGCCGCGUCCACGACGAGCGAACCUUUAUUCUCUUGGGAGCAGCAGCAGGGUGUGAGUGAUCUAUUGACUACUGCCCGAAAUUUUUUCGCUUCUGAAUCGCGGAACGUUGUACCUCAGCCCUCUUUCUCACAACCAGUGCCACAAUAUACAGAGUUUAAGUUUCCCGAGGAAACAAAGGGACAAGAUUUGUAUGUAAAUGAACUCAGUGAAAGCUAUAGAAAGCAGCAAGCGAAUUCUCAGGCGUGUGACAGGGAGACGGUCGUCUACCGCCUCGAUGACGUCCCCGCGAGCAUGAAGGUCGGCGACCUUGACCCCGGCGACAAGUUCUUCGAGUUUACGGUAGAGGACGUGAGGAAGAGAAUGGCCGACCUCAAGCACGAGAGCGUGUGCGUUUACAAGUACGUUGCCUUGCGUGUAAACUUCUGUUACCAUCUUUGCUUCACAGUUGGGACGUUGCGAAAGUUUGUGAUGCAGUUGUUAGCAGAGAAAGACCUGCCAUUUUACCUGUACACGGCGCCCCCUAAGGUCGUGCUAUCGGACGAUGCGGGAUUGCUCUUGGAGUCGGGUCUGGCCCCCGCCGCUGUCGUCCACUUUGGCUGCGAACAGCAACUAGACGUGUAUCUCUCAGCUGAAGCCACGGAGAGCAGCAGCAGCAUGUUGGCAGCAGAGGAUGUCGCCUCUAAAUGGCUGAAUGCCGGCGAUCAACGGCCGGCGGACGACGACGCGCGUGCAUCGGCUGCUCUGCCAUCCAAUCAGCAGCCUCCGCAGAGCGCGGUUUCCACGGCGACGGAGUCGGCGGCGCAGCAGGGAAAUUCGCAGAGCAAGCGUCCGAACAGCCGACCAGGCAGCGGCGGUAUGACGCCAAAGUGGUUUAAACCCGGGAAGUGAAGAAGAAGCGGGAUUGUGGCUUUCACACAAAAGUUCUAUCGUCAUAGAGACGUGGGUGUGACUUGCGGUCGUGGCUUGCCUCUCCAUCUCAGCUGACCCAUUAAAAGAUGAUGAAGGAGACGAGUGUUUCAGCAUAGAGUCGUAUGCCAACCGAGGUUCAUACAUACUGUACAUGUGGUUAAUUAACAUAUGUUCGUCUGCUGGAAGCGAAACUAUGCGAGUCGUCGCUGGUGUUUAAAGGCAUAAUAGGCUCAUUGAUUAUGCAAAGUUGACGAAUGCUACAGUAACUGGCAC